CCGCGGAUGCGCGUCGCACGAGCCGUGAUCAAUGCCGGGGGAAUGGAGGGGAUGGGGGGAACCUGAUCAGGAGCUCGCUGCUUGGGUUGUCCCAAGAGGUCCCCUCUUCCAUUUUUAUCGACCUUGGUAGUACUCUGUGCUCCCGCAGCUGUCCGUUCUGCUUGCGUGGGCAGACACACGGUACGGAGUAAUAACUAACUUGCCCUCACCACGGCGGUGCGGAUUCUCCAGACUACUCUUCAGAUCAUUGGCAACAUGAGCUCGGCGAGCGAAACUAUCAUUCCUGCGGCCCCUCCGCCGCCGGGGGUGACGCCGAACUUCGAGAACCCAGAGUCCAGCAGUCACCAGCUCAUCAUUGUAUCCGUUGUGUUUCCUGUCUUCUCGUUUUUCUUUCUGAUUCCGCGGUUGUACUUGGCAUCAUUCAUCCUCCGGAAAUGGCACACAGACGACUAUUUGAUUUGCGUCGCGGCUGCAGGUCAAUCCGGUCUCGCGUUUUCAGUCGGCUCCUGAACUAAUAUUGC